UAAUAUGAUUGUCGAGUUAUUAAAAACAAAGCAUGAUAAAAAUAAUAAGUAAUAUAUCAUAUGAACUAAUAAUUUAUGGACAAUAAAUAUCAAUAAAUAAUUUGUCUUCCCUGCAUUAUAAAACAAAAUAAAAAUUUAAACGCAAGACAAUUUCAUUUCAAAAUGAAGCGUUUCACGGUACUGUUGUUCUCUGUAUUACAAUUUAAUUUUGUUAGAUCGAAUCAGGUAAAUUUAUAUAAUUAACAAUUAAAUAUAUCAUUAAUAAAAAUUAUCAUGUGAUUAGUUGUUUGUUAAUUGAUUAAUGAAUGAAUGAAUUAAUUAAUAUUUUGUAGCUUCAUAAGUUAAUGACCGACGAUGAAAUUCAGUCGAUUUUUCAAACCGAUCGCGAUAGCGGUAAAUUAUUUAGACUCAUAUAUUUAAUUAAUAUAAAAAGUAUAUAAUUAUAAGUGUAAUUUAAGGUUUUUUUUAUUUUUAAAUUAAUAGUUCCGGAGUAUGAAACAGUACCGAUAUUACAUUCGAUGAAUAAAAAAAAUAUAAAAUAUCCGCAAAUAUUUUUCCAUGCGUUUGGUGACGACAUUUCAUUAUAUUUGUGGCCUGCUGAGGGAUUAUUAUUCGGAAAACAUACACCUGUUUAUACAGUACAAAGUGAUAAAUGGUCGCCACAAGGCGUACGUUACACAGAGUACGAUGAAUAUGGAAUUUAUUAUGCUUAUCGAGAUGAAAAUAAUAAUGCAGCUAUAAUUGUACGCGAUGGAAUGUAUAGCAAAUAUAAAUUUGACGGAACUUUUAACAAAAAUUAUGUAAUUCGAUCACUCUCAUCUCGAAUUAUAGAAAAUAUAAUAACAAAAAAUGCUUCAUACUACAAUCAAAAAUUAUUUCCAAAGCCUCCUGCAAGAGGUUCAUUUUUUCUUACAAACCACCACGUAAUAUUUCGAAUGAACGAGACGAAUGUAAAGUUAAAAAACCCGCGAAAUAUUAUAUUUCCAGAUUAUCCAAAAGCGAGUAACAAAUAUAUGAACAUCACUAAUACAACAGAUACAAAAAAUGAUACCAGAGACGUAAUAUAUCCCGAAAUACUUUUGAUUCUCGACUACGACACAUUCAAAUCAUUUGGAUCAGAUAUGUCUGAAACUCUAGUAUAUUUGGCGGCAUUUUGGCACGGAGUUGAUUUGCGCUACAGACAACUAUCAGAUCCUCAAAUAAAUAUAAAUCUCGCGGCAAUAAUAAUUGCAUUGGAUAAAGACGCAACACCGUACUUGGAUAAAUUCCGUGUUGAUGAUAAUGCAAUAAAUGUCAAAGCUAUGAAAAGUAUGGGAGAGUAUUUAUACAAUGAAACGAGAUUUAAAAAAAGUAGUUAUGAUAUCGCAGUCUUAAUAACUAAACUGCAAGUAUGUGACUGGCCAUUAAUGGCAAAUGAUAAUUCAAAAUGCAUGCCAUUGAGAGGUAUAAGUAAUUUUGGAUCUGCGUGUGUAUGGAAUAAAGCAACCAAAGCUUUGGAAGCAGUAGCACUCGUACACGACGAAGGAUUCAAUGGAAUAGCAACUGCUGCCCAUGAAUUAGCUCACAUACUAGGAGUGCCACAUGAUGGGUCAGCAUCAGCACAUUAUAUCGGAGGUCCAGGUGCUAUUAAAUGCAAGUGGGAAGAUGGGUAUUUAAUGAGCAGCGAUCGGUUUGAUAGAAAAGCUUUCCGAUGGUCUGAUUGUACUGUAGAAUGUUUUAAAUUUUACUUACAGCUACCAAUGGCGCGCUGUCUUUAUAAUAAACCGACAAUAAAUAGGGAACUACCAGAAAUUUUACCUGGGACUUUGAUGACAUUAGACGAACAAUGUUAUCAUGCUGGAGCUCUAGAUGCUUGUUAUCAUGAUGAGCGCGCGUGUGUUUUGCUUUAUUGUACACGAAAAAAUGCAACUGAUCAAUGUGUUGCGACAGCACCAGCUGCUGAAGGAUCAACAUGUGGCAAUGAAAAGAUUUGUAUCCAAGGACGGUGCAUCAACAAAAGACAAUGGAGAACUUCUGGUAGAAAUUUAAUUGACUUAAAAUAAAAAUAUUUUAAGAAAAUUAAUAAUUAGUGAUAUAAAUAAAAGUAUUUUAUA